CAAAAUCUUGCGAAAACAACAAACAGGACCAAUGCACUGAUUUCACAAGGCUGUCUGCUGCUUGGAUCUCUCUCACCAAAGGCCUCAUGCCUAGGCACGCUGUCGAGAUCCUCUCCUCUUCCUAAUUUAUUAAUGUUGCUGGCUCAGCCCCCUUGCGAUUCUACAAAUACUAGCGCGCCACAGUGUUUAAGAUCAGUUACUACAUCGACUCUUAACUGUCGGAUAAAGUAACUUCUCUCUCAACCGAAUAGAAACAUUUUUAAACUUUUUUUUAUUUUUUAUAUUUCUCUAAAACUCAUAUCCAUCAGUAAAAAAUGCGUGAGUGUAUCUCCAUCCAUGUGGGUCAGGCUGGCGUCCAGAUUGGCAAUGCCUGCUGGGAGCUCUACUGUCUGGAGCACGGGAUCCAGCCGGACGGUCAGAUGCCCAGUGACAAGACCAUUGGAGGAGGAGACGACUCCUUCAACACCUUCUUCAGUGAGACUGGAGCUGGAAAGCACGUCCCCAGGGCUGUGUUUGUAGAUCUGGAACCCACUGUCAUCGAUGAGGUGCGCACAGGAACAUACCGCCAGCUCUUCCACCCUGAGCAGCUGAUCACUGGGAAGGAGGAUGCAGCCAACAACUACGCCCGUGGGCAUUACACCAUCGGCAAAGAGAUUAUUGACUUUGUUCUGGACAGGACCCGCAAACUGGCUGACCAGUGCACUGGCCUCCAGGGCUUCCUGGUCUUCCACAGCUUCGGAGGUGGCACCGGUUCUGGUUUCACCUCCCUGUUGAUGGAGCGCUUGUCUGUUGACUAUGGCAAGAAGUCCAAACUUGAGUUCUCCAUCUACCCAGCUCCCCAGGUGUCCACAGCCGUUGUUGAGCCCUACAACGCCAUCCUGACCACACACACCACCCUGGAGCACUCUGAUUGUGCUUUCAUGGUAGACAAUGAGGCCAUCUAUGACAUCUGCCGCAGGAACCUUGAUAUCGAGCGUCCCUCCUACACUAAUCUUAACAGGUUGAUCAGUCAGAUUGUGUCCUCCAUCACUGCAUCCCUCCGAUUCGAUGGUGCCCUCAAUGUUGAUCUGACAGAGUUCCAGACCAACUUGGUGCCCUACCCCCGUAUCCACUUCCCGCUGGCCACCUAUGCCCCAGUGAUCUCGGCAGAGAAGGCUUACCAUGAGCAGCUCUCAGUGUCUGAGAUCACAAAUGCUUGCUUUGAGCCAGCAAAUCAGAUGGUGAAAUGUGACCCACGUCACGGCAAGUACAUGGCCUGCUGUCUGCUGUACCGUGGCGACGUUGUGCCCAAAGAUGUAAAUGCUGCCAUUGCCACCAUCAAAACAAAACGCUCCAUCCAGUUUGUAGACUGGUGCCCAACUGGUUUCAAGGUUGGUAUCAACUACCAGCCGCCAACUGUGGUACCUGGUGGAGAUCUGGCCAAGGUCCAGAGGGCUGUGUGCAUGCUUAGCAACACCACUGCAGUGGCAGAGGCCUGGGCCCGUCUUGACCACAAGUUUGACCUGAUGUACGCCAAGCGUGCUUUUGUGCACUGGUACGUAGGUGAGGGUAUGGAGGAGGGAGAGUUCUCUGAGGCCAGGGAGGACAUGGCUGCCCUGGAGAAAGAUUAUGAAGAGGUGGGUGUCGAUUCCAUUGAGGGAGAGGAGGAGGGAGAGGAGUAUUAAAGUGAAUUGAUUCACCCUUUUUAUUUGACCUUUAUUUAACUUGGCAAGUCAGUUAAGAACAAAUUCUUAUUUACAAUGAUGGCCUAGGAACAGUGGGUUAACUGCCUUGUUCAGGUGCAGAACGACAGAUUUGUACCUUGUCAGGGAUUCGAACUUGCAACCUUUCGGUUACUAACCACUAGGCUACUCUGCCGCCCUAGUUAAAUCACAAGCAAGCUAAUCACUGGUUACAAGUUAAUAUGGCUCAACUUUCCUUAUUAGUGUUGGAAAUUGCUAGCAAGCACUGUCACACAUCAUAGAUAGGGUGGCAGGUAGCCUAGCGAUUAAGAGCAACCAGGCGAAAGAAAAUGUGUCAAUGAGCCCUUGAGCAAGGCACUUAACCCUAAUUUCUCUGAAAAGAGGGUCUGCUAAAUGACUAAAAUGUAAAUGCCAUGAUGUUCGUUGGCACCGAAAAUGGUUAAGGAAAUAUGCUGUAGUUGUGUUCAGGGAAUGUUAUGGUGUUGCAAUGGUUUUACUUUUUACAGUUUUACACUGCAACUUUCUGUCCUCUUCUGACUUUGAUAUAUAAUAAAUUACUUACAUUUUUUUUUUACAUUUUCAACUAAAUUCAAUGGAUCUUCAUCAGCUACUCACCAGGACUUAUCACAGUAUUUCCCAAGAAUAAAUAAUAACUAUUAUUAUUGCAGUGUAAUAACCAUGUACGUACAUAUUGUUACAUAGUUCUACAGAAAAUGUCAACAGAAAUGUUGAGCAAUGUCAACAGAAUCAAAAGCAAAUUAAAUUAACAUUUUAAUGGAA